CUCGGGCUCAGGCUCCGCGGGCGGAAGAGGCGGCGGCGGCGGCGGCGGCAGAAGCGGCGGCGGCGGCGGGAGCCGAGGAGGAGGCUCCGGACGCUGCUCAGGAACCGGGGACGCCAGAGUGCCCGCUCCCUGAGCGCUCAGCCCCGGAGGCGUCAUGGCCGAGUACGGGACCCUCCUCCAGGACCUGACCAACAACAUUACCCUUGAAGAUCUGGAGCAGCUCAAGUCAGCCUGCAAGGAGGACAUCCCCAGUGAGAAGAGUGAGGAGAUCACUACUGGCAGUGCCUGGUUUAGCUUCCUGGAGAGCCACAACAAGCUGGACAAAGACAACCUCUCUUACAUCGAGCACAUCUUUGAGAUCUCCCGCCGUCCUGACCUCCUCACUAUGGUGGUUGACUACAGAACCCGUGUUCUGAAGAUCUCUGAGGAAGAUGAGCUGGACACCAAGCUAACCCGUAUCCCCAGUGCCAAGAAGUACAAAGACAUUAUCCGGCAGCCCUCUGAGGAAGAGAUCAUCAAAUUGGCUCCUCCACCGAAGAAAGCCUGAGCAAGGGGGAGGAAGAGGAGGAAGGUUGGACCUUCAUCAGACUACUCUUUCCCCAUCCUCCAGGGGAGGGGCAAGGGCAGCCCUCCCCCAUCUACCCACUUACUAACCCAGUCCUAACCCCUUACUGUGCGCGUGUGUGUGCGUGUGCGCACGCUCUGGCUGUCUGUCUACAUGUCUAGCUCAUCUAGUUCCUCCUCCUUGUGAGGGGAUGGGGGUCAGGGGCUGGGGGUGGUGGUGGGGCUCAGUUUCCCCACUCUGGGGGGAGUUGAGGGCUAUUUCUAUGCAAAUAGAAAUAGACACAUUCUCUUACUUCCCUUUCCUCCACUCUUCCCCCACCUCCAAGUGUGGGAACAGAAAGGACCUGUCUUUUCCUACAUUGAGGAGGCAAGGCAAGAGUGAGGCAUGGGAGAGCUGGGUGAAUCUAAUGAAAAGCAGUGAGAGGGAAAAUGAAGAGGCCACCCAACCCCCACCUGGAAGGGGCAAAGAGAAGCAAGGGGCAAAGAAGCCAGAGUUUGUGUUUGUACCCCAAUGCUGGACUGGCUGAGGAGUCCUGUCUCUGACUGUUCCUCAGGUUAGAGGGCCUGGGCACCAGCAGGUCCCCUUUUGCUCCCCUUUCAUAGGCCUAGGGUGGGUAUGAGCCAGGGACCUGAAGAGAGACAUCACUGGAUCCUUCCCUGGCCCCAAAGUUCAAACCCCAUGGAGAACCCAGCACUAGAUUCCACCCCCAUCCCCCACCUCUGGAGAGACUAUGCUGGGAACAUGCCCCCACCACUGAGCCUGAGGGGAUGAAGGCAGAGAGGAGUUCUCUUUUCUACUCGUUUAUUCCUACUCAGACUGUUGCAUAUACUAACCUUGGGAGUUCCUAGAAUAGAAAUCCUUAGGUUUUAAUUCCAGCCCUGUUUCCACCUACAGAGUCCCAACGUGGUUAUUGCAGGCAAAGUUCCCUCUCUCCGUGGUCUAGAAGCCCCUCCCCCAAGGUAGAAAGAACGGAAGAAGCUAACUACAGUGUUUCCGUUGCACUGAUCCCCAAUUCAGUCCAGGAGGGGGCUUGGUAACCCCUCUCCCUCAAUAUCCUGGCACCUUGGGCUUGUGAACGCCUCCUAGCCAAAUCACUAUAGAGUACAGUGACCCCAGCCUCCUGCCUGUCCCAAGUGAGCCCUCCCCACCCUGACCGUGCUAACUGUGUGUACAUAUAUAUUCUACAUAUAUGUAUAUUAAACCCGCACUGCCAUGUGUACCCUUCUUCUGUGGUGUCUAGCAUUAACUUAUUGUCAAGGCCCGGGUGGGGGUGGAAGGCGAAUGCCACACUGAAGGGAGUGGCAGAGUCAAAUUGCUAUAUAGUCAAAAAAGAAGACUUUUUUAAACUUUAAUUUCACAUGUAAUCUCAAGAGACUAUUUAGAGAGUUUAAGUGAGGUGGGGAGCUUUUGGGAUGUUGGGAACAAAACUUCAGUGGGAGGGAAGGGCUGGCUGUUGGAGAGGGAAGAAGCCAGACUGGCUGGAGAGCACCCUCUACCAGCCCAGCCCAGCCCAGCCCAGCCCAGCCCAUCCCCUCCCCUCUGGCCACUGCUGCGGACACCUGCCUUAAAACAUACACCUCGAGUACUCCACAGUUUUGCCUUAAAGGACCUUCCCAAGUUUCCUCAGCCCUGUCUGGCUUUCUCCUUCAAGGAGAGAGAGAUACUUGUAGAAUUGGGAGGUGGAAAAUGAGCAUGAAUUGUCCUUCCAAGCCAGGAUAUGUUAUGUGUGAUAGAGUCUGAGGAAGAGAGAGAGAGAGAGAGAGAGAGGGAAUAAAGAGGCUCUUCAAAGCGAGGCUUCCUUUGAAGAGAGGAGAGGAUGAGAUGAGAGAAGGGAGACAGGGUUCAUUUUCACCAGAGUGUAGUAAAUUUCUCUGUAAGGCAAAAUAAUCUAAAAAGACUAACCUGCCCCCCACCCGCAUACUGCUGUGAGAUUGCCCCAUUCUCUGCUCCUGUCUGCAGUGUGCACGGCCUUGUUCUAACCCUGGAAUAAAGGUGAUUGAUUGUACUGUA